AAAGUUCCGAGUCAUCCAUAUUUUCGGAAUUGUCAUGGUUGGUUGCUUGGUUAGAAGUUUUUUUAGCGACCCCAGUAGUCUUGGACGAUCUUUGCUCCCCACCUGAUAAUAGUACAUUCAUGAGUGCUACAUUGCCAUCAGGGUCCACGUCCAUUGGGUCAGAUG